CAUGAAAGAGAGGCUGUGAAGAGGAGGAAAAAGAGAAGGAUUUACCCAUUCUCUCAAGCACCAUGAAAAUAACUAUCCAAAUCUUGUGCAUCUUCCUGCUGAUAACCUUGUAUGAGUGUGCAGUGAUCACUGGGGCCUGUGAAAGGGACCUCCAGUGUGGAGGUGGGACAUGCUGCGCCAUAAGCUUGUGGCUCCGUGGGCUCCGGAUGUGCACUCCAUUAGGGCAAGAAGGAGAUGAAUGCCAUCCCAUCAGUCAUAAGGUCCCUUUCUUUGGAAAACGGCAACAUCAUACCUGCCCAUGUUUGCCAAACUUCAUAUGCUCCAGAUUCAUUGACGGGCGAUACCGAUGUUCAAUAGACUUCAAGAAUAUGGACUUUUAAUGAAAAGGAAAGUUUUAUGGUCCUUCCUACCCACAAAUCCCCACAGUGCAUAUUAAACACAUUCUUAUGUCUUUGACAUCCUAUGAGAACAAUUAAGUGUCCAUUUACAUAAGUAUUGUCGAUUGACUUGAAUGGAAUUCAUCAGUCAGUGAUUCAUCAACACAUAAGAAUUGGGGUUACAAACAAAUUAGAGGAGAUUUAAGACCAUGUAAAUACGUUAUUUAUUAGUUAAAAUAAGUUUGGGGAAUUAUUGUUUGCACUCUGUACUGAAAAGGCAUUUGAUAAAGUUAGUUGGAUUUAUCUGUAGCAACCUUCCCCAGCCUGGUGCCAUCAAGAUGUUUCAGACUACAACUCCCAUCAGACCCAGGCACUGGUUUUUAAAGAUGUACAUUCACUGCCCAUAGUGUGAAUUUAGGAGAGGGGGCAGAAAAUCUAAUCAGGAUGACAAUGCUGGAGGAUGGGAGGUUUAACUAUUUUCCCGUAUACCAUAUUUCCAACAGCCAGCUGCCCUGUGGGACAAAAAAUGUGGGUUCCUUCUCCUGGGAUGAUGCUCUUGAUCAGAUUUCCCCCUGCUCCUCACCAAUGGCUAAGAUUAAAGUUUAAAGUCCUGCCUAAUUUGGCCCUGCCCUGAUUUUCAUUAUUAAGAUCUGAAUAACUGUUAUUGUUCUGAAGUCAUAAAUGGCUAUGAUUAGGCAAAGAAACAACAGACAUUAAGUUCCAUAAUGCUAUGUAAUGUGUUAUUAACAGCAGCAGCAGCAGCAACGACACUCUCCCCACACUGCAGCACUCAGCCAGUGGAACGGUUUUUCCUGCUCAUUUGCAUCCCCUCCCCCAGUUUAUUUAAAUAUCUGUUCAGCACCUUAAAAUAAAAGGCCAAUCCUUUUUUUAAAAAAUUGAAACAUUGCUCAGGUGUGGCAGUGGGGGGGGAGGAAUGGGUGUGGCUUUGUGAUUGCCACAAGGGCCAGCCAAUCAGCAUUCUACACAGCCAGCUCCAACUGGAAUCAAGAAGAAACAGUUGCUUUUGCUCUUUACUCAAUUUGACAAUGCGCACAUCUAUACAAAAUGGGCUGAAUGUGAAUCCAUAGCAGGCCCACAGUUUCAGAAAUGUACAUCUGUCAUGCAGUCUUAAGAACAUUGCUUUGAAUGUGGAUAGGGGCACAGAAUUACAGGGCCUGAAUACAU